AUGGAAGGGAUCCACCGCCGUCCGAAGAAGGGUGGCCGGAGCCUGGAAAUCAUAGACGUGAGAAAUCUAAGUGAAAACAAGCUGUCCUUAAGCCAAUCACGCUCACGAGCCGCUGUCGAUCCCUCGCCGUCUACGAAGCGACAAGCGAUCAAGAAACCAUCGGAAUCGUCGAAAAGUUCGGUGAAGUCGUGGUGGAAGAACCCGGAGAUGAAGAGACGGCGGCGCGUGGCUAAGUACAAGUUGUAUACAGUGGAAGGGAAGGUGAAGAAUUCCAUAAAGAAAGGGAUCAAGUGGUUCAAAACCAGGUGUAGCAGAAUCAUGUCUGGAUUUUGA